AUGAAAAGUGGUUCAUUUAGUGGACUCCAAAAGAGAAUUUGUGAAAUAGUGCCCAAUGCAACUUUUAUGCACUGCUGUUCUCAUAAUAUUAACUUAAUAAUAUGUGAUGCCGCUAAGAGUUCCAGGAAAGUUCAAUCAUUUUUUGAAAUUGUACAAGAUAUUUUCAAUUUUUUUAGUUCAAGUGGUCCCCGGUGGACCGAUUUAGCUUUCGGCGAAGAAGAAGGAACUGUUAUUAGAAAAGUUGUAUUAAAAAAACUAUGCGCAACUCGGUGGGAAGCCCGUCAUAAUGCAUUAUAUUCUUUGAGAAUGCGGUUUGUAGAUAUUUUAAAAGCUCUCACAAAAUUACAGUUGACAAGUACAAAAAAAAAUGAAAGAGAUAUGGCCUUAGCUCUUAAGAAAAAUCUAUGCAAUUUGUACCUAUCCAAAAAACUGCAGUCUGUUGACUUGCAUUUGCAACAGGCCUUGGAUCAAUUAAAUACGGCCAUCUCAGAUAUCAAAUUGAUGCGUGAAAACUAUGAUACAAUUGUUGACAAAGCAAAAAAAAUGUGUGAUUCAUGGAGUAUACCAUUUACAUUCCAUCAAAGCCGUGAACGGUAUAGUAAAUUAUUUCCCGGUGAAAUUGAUGGUGAUAGACGACUAACAAUUACCCAGGAUAAUUUUAAAGUAACUGUUUUUUAUCCUGUUAUUGAUACUAUAUUAUCACAGCUAAAAUUUAGAUUUACUGGAUUGAACACUGUAUGUGAUUAUUUCAGAUUUUUAAUACCGUUUAGUAUGAUUUCAAUGACAAAAGAACUUUUAAUUAAGUCAACUUAUGAUUUUAUUGAAAAGUACCGUGACGAUAUUAGUAGUGACUUCACGCGUCAAAUAGUCAGUCUUCAAGAUUUUUUUCUUUCAAAGGAUAAUACCACUAAUACCAGUGACAUUAAAAAGAUGACAUAA